AUGUCAUUUCGAAACAUCAAACGGUCACAUUCAGUGAUGAAUGCAACAUUCGAUCCAGAAACGAAAGUAUGGAGCGGUCUCCAUCAGCUUCCCGUGUACAACCCGGAAGCCAGCUUCGGUCAAAUCCUGCUGGCCGUGCUGCGACAGAAUCCCACCAAGGUUACCCAAAUAGAUGGCGAUACAGGACGUGAAAUGACCCGUGGAGAGAUGCGAAUUCGUGCGAUCCGGGCAGCACAGAAUCUAACUUCGUUGGGUUACCAGCAGGGCGAUUUGGUGACGGUCGCGUGUGCUAAUAGUGAGAAUCUGGCCCCGCUAGUUAUAGCAUUGCUAACAAUUGGAACACCUUUUAAUACACUGGCUCCGAACUACGGGGUGGAAGAAAUGGUUCACAUGUUGAAGAUUACGCAACCAAAAUUGGUGUUUUGUGAUGACACUAACUAUGCCACGGUGAAGAAGGCUGUCGAUUUAACGGUGGAACCGAAACCCCAAAUCUACGUUUUUGAGAGCAACUCUGUGGAUCUGAAUAAAGCGGAAGAUUUGUUCAAAGAAACCGGCACUGAACUGAUGUACCUCGCUCCUUAUCUCGGAAACUCUCGCGAAACACUGGGAAUUAUUUUGUGCUCCUCGGGAACAACAGGACCGGUCAAAGGUGUUUCCCUGUCGCACGCCCAUCUGAUAACGAUUUACGGGAACGCUGUAAAUUUGGCAAAUUUCGGAUUGGUUUUCAACUUCAGCCCACUCUACUGGGCAACGGGACUUUUCCUGCUGAUGCACUCACUCAUCAAUGGCGACCCGCGGUUGAUCACACGUAAACCAUUCAGCGAGGAUAUAUUUUUCGACCUGCUGGAAAAAUAUCCGAUUCGGUUGAUAUUUACGCCGCCAUGUUACGCUCAGCUUGCAUUGCGACAUUCGCGAGCAGAAACGGCAAAUUGGUCGAACAUAACUAUAUGGGCGCUUGGUGGCUCGCUGGUUUCGGAGAUUCUUCGCGGCGAGCUAGAUAAAAAACUACCCAAUGGACGGUCCGGUAACUGGUUGGGUAAUUCGGAAAUUGGUGGUAUUUGUACCGAUAUUAGGAAACGCAAACCAUAUUCGGUGGGACAGUUGAUGGCAAAUAUCAGUGCCAAAAUAGUCGACGAGAAUGGAAAUGCCGUUGAUAAUGGAAAGCACGGUGAACUAUUGCUAAAGUUUCACGAGAAAAUUCUCGGCUACUAUAACAACCCGGAAGCCACAGCCGAGGCAAUUGAUUGCGAAGGUUGGCUUCGCACCGGCGAUAUUGGUUAUUUUGACAAUGAAGGGUUCCUGUUUUUGACGGACCGAAAAAAGGAUAUGCUCAAGUAUAUGAACUAUCAAGUAUCCCCGUGGGAUUUGGAGGAACUGAUCGCAAAAAUCGAAGGCGUUGAGCAGGUUUGUGUUAUAGGACUACCAGCCGCUGGUUUAGACACAGAACUGCCAACGGCAGUCAUUCAGAAAGCUGUCGGCAGUAGCCUUACAGAAGAAGUUGUGCUAAAAACGGUAAACGAUCAAGUGGCCGAUUAUAGAAAACUACGCGGAGGUGUAUUUUUUGUUAAAGAUUUUCCCAUUACACCGACGGGGAAAGUUUUGAAAAAAGAAGUGCAGAAAAACAUUCUUAGUUUGUUGAAGUCAAAAAAAUAA